AUGUUUCCUCAAUGGUCAACGUUGGGAAAAGGGUUUGAAAAUAUAGUACAAUAUGUUGAAAUUGUUGAAGACAUGAAAAUAACAGUCGAAUCAGAAUUUCCUCAAUUAAGUGAAGACAUAUCGUCAAAUUUGAAUCAAAUCCAAGAAGUCUUGGAAUUUAAAAGAUCUUUAUAUGGAGAUGUUAUAAAACAAUCAGGAUUGAGUUGGAAGGCAUUAGGAUUUCCAAUUGAUGAGAAUUGGUCUAAUUCAACUAAACAAUGGUUGUUAGGAUUAGCUUUCCACUCAUCUUGUAUUGGAUCAGAUGACCAAUUAUCCAAAACUUCAAGAUUCAAUGAAGUAGAAUCAUCAGAAUUUCUUGUAUAUACUAGUAAGUCAACUAUGAUAACAACAUAUCCUUAUCUAAACAAAGUAAUGCAGCUUUAG